UCCCUCACCUAGUAGUUCUCUCCUGUUUGGCAUCCCGGAGAUGGUCCAAAGUGAUUCCUCAGGGAAGAAAGGAGCGCAAAUCACCCGAGCAGGAGCCCCGGAGCCGCCGUCGCCCAUGCAGGACCGCCUCUUUAAUUGCGCGUAAUCUCCCUUUUCCAUUCAUCUGAGCUGAGAGGAGCACUUUAUAAAUAAAGAAAGCGAGCGAAGGAGGGCGUUCCAUCCUCUUAUUUUUUUUUCCUUCAAUCUCUGGACUGUUUGUUGCAACAAAAAAAAAAAAAACUGACACUUUACUUGUGUAAUUGUCAGCUGCACCUUGAUCCGGGGGACUGUCAUUGGAGCGCAGCCUCUCAUCCAGCGCGUCCUCGCGUCUUUCCUCCUCAGAGCUGCCGCUUGCUUCCCCCCUUUCCUUUUUUUUUGUUUAUUUUUCCUCGUGGAGUCGCUGACAUGAGUUGCAGCUAGCCCCGGAUGCUGACAGCUUCCCUUUUUCUUUUUCCACAUGUCGCGUCUUUUGUUUAUACUUUGAGAAGCAUGCGUGCGUCUAAACACCAAGAGAAAUAGACCGCGCCACUUUGCUCCCGUGACAGUGCGAUCAAACAGACGCAAGAGGAGGGGAGGCAGGGGGGAAGAAAGAAGAAGACGGAGAAAAAGAAGAAGAAGGAGAAGGAGAAGGAGGGAGCCCAAGGAGAGGAGGAUAGAGACAGAGGGGAGAGAGUGAGUGAGAGAGAGAGAUAGAGGAAAAGCGGCGUGAAGGUGCGUUUUGAUGUUCGGCAUCCACGAGAGCAUCCAGAGGAGUGGGAGUAGUAUGAAAGAGGAGCCCAUGGUGGCCGGGAUGAACGCGGUUCGGACUUGGAUGCAGGGUGCCGGGGUGCUGGACGCCAACACAGCCGCCCAGAGCGGAGUGGGUCUGGCACGGGCGCACUUCGAGAAGCAGCCGCCCUCCAACCUCCGCAAGUCCAACUUCUUCCACUUCGUCCUGGCUCUGUACGACAGACAGGGCCAACCCGUGGAGAUUGAGAGGACCACCUUCAUUGACUUUGUGGAGAAAGAAAAGGAAACGACGGGGGAGAAGACCAACAAUGGGAUCCAUUAUAGACUCCAGCUCCUUUACAGUAACGGAAUCCGGACGGAGCAGGACUUGUACGUUCGCCUCAUUGACUCCAUGACUAAACAGGCAAUUAUUUAUGAAGGCCAGGAUAAAAAUCCAGAGAUGUGCCGGGUGCUGUUGACCCAUGAGAUCAUGUGCAGUCGGUGCUGUGAUAAGAAGAGCUGCGGCAACAGGAACGAGACCCCAUCAGACCCUGUCAUCAUCGACAGGUUCUUCCUCAAGUUCUUCCUGAAGUGUAACCAGAACUGUCUGAAGAAUGCAGGAAACCCUCGAGACAUGAGGCGCUUUCAGGUGGUCGUGUCGACAACGGUGAGCGUGGAGGGUCAUGUCCUGGCCGUCUCUGACAACAUGUUUGUGCACAACAACUCCAAACACGGUCGCCGAGCUCGAAGACUGGACCCCUCGGAGGGAACGCCGUCCUACCUGGAACACGCAACUCCCAGCAUCAAAGCCAUCAGCCCCAGUGAAGGCUGGACCACAGGGGGCGCAACGGUCAUCAUCAUCGGGGACAACUUCUUUGACGGCCUUCAAGUCAUUUUUGGAACCAUGCUAGUUUGGAGCGAGCUGAUCACCCCCCACGCUAUCCGUGUGCAGACUCCACCCAGACACAUCCCAGGGGUUGUGGAGGUCACGCUGUCCUACAAAUCCAAACAGUUCUGCAAAGGCACACCUGGACGCUUCAUCUACACAGCGCUGAACGAACCGACCAUAGACUAUGGCUUUCAGAGAUUACAGAAGGUCAUCCCCAGGCACCCUGGAGACCAAGAGAGAUUACCCAAGGAGGUGAUUUUGAAGAGAGCGGCAGACUUGGUAGAGGCCUUGUACGGGAUGCCUCACAAUAACCAGGAGAUGAUUCUGAAACGAGCAGCCGAUAUCGCAGAGGCCCUCUACACAACAGUGCCACGAGGGCACAACCAGCUAGCAGGUCUGGGCGGCAGCUCCGUCCACGCUGGCAUGAUGGCCGUGAACUCCUUCACCGGGUCAGAGGUGGCACAAACAGCCAAUCAGGGUUUCAGUAGGAGUACAAGCAGCGUGUCCCCUCACGGUUAUGUCCCCAGCUCCACUCCCCAGCAGAGUAGCUACAGCACUGUCUCCACUAGCAUGAAUGGCUAUGCUAACUCUGGCAUGGCAACCCUGGGCACCUCGCCCAACUUCCUCAAUGGAUCCGCAGGCAACUCCCCCUAUGCUAUCGUCCCAUCCAGCCCAACCAUGGCGUCGGCGACCAGCCUCCCCUCCAACUGCAGCAGCUCCUCCGGGAUCUUCUCUUUCUCUCCAGCCAACAUGGUGUCCGCCGCCGUCAAGCAGAAGAGCGCCUUCGCUCCCGUCGUUCGACCCCAGAAUUCCCCUCCCCCCACGUGCACCAGCGCUAAUGCUAACAGCCUGCAAGAUCAGUCUUUUGUGGACUCUAGCAAGUACUCAUCAGCCAGCUCUCUUCAGGGCCUGGCCUUCUCCUGAACGAUCCCUGGGAUGAUCGUUCCACCCAUGUAGAAGAUCUGGGAUAGCUGAAGAUUUGGGAAUGUUGAGAGGAAAAGAGACAGUGGCGGAGUCUGGCGAGUCUCUGUUGUGCUCCGGUGCUGAACUGAAUGAAGUCAAGAUAAGACGCAGGACUCUGUUAUUCUCAGGCCUUUCUAAAGGGAUUUCAUCUGAAGGGAUAGAGGAGAAGAGAACGGGGGCAAUAUGAACCUUUGUGAUGUUAUUUUCCUCUUCGUUGAAUUAGCGUAGCUUCUCUGACACCGCAUUGGAUGGAGUGUAUAGAGGCUGAUGGUUUGCCCACAGUGUGACACUGACCUCAUGAAAAGAGCAUUUAUUUAUCUUUGUGUUCAUGCCUGUAAGGUUUGGGUUUGAUUACUGGAGGCCACUGUGCCGUCUUUGAACCCAUAACUCACACAAACAGACGUGAAGUGUCGGUUUGGCCAUGAAGUUUACACGACCCACUAAAACCACAUAACAGCACGAUGGGCAAACAGAACAAGGAUGAGCAACAUAGAAUACAAAGAAUUAAAAGUACGAAGAACAAAAUAUACCCCUCCGUUUUUGCUGCUAAUCCUCCCAAUGCUCUAAAAACGAUCCCUCAAAAAUCACCCUCUGCUGUUUCAACGUAAGAAACCUUGCCUUUCUUUCUUUUUUUUUUUCCUCAUUUGGUUUGUUUGUUUGAAUUUUUGAUAAAACUGUGAGGAUUGAGCUGUUUGCAAUAUGUUUUUUCUGCUUGUGAUGUGACGAAAAAGUGAAGAUUUAGCCAAAAUUGACCUUUUUUUGUCUGAGAUUUUAGUGAAGACUUGAAAAGCCAGAGGAUGUGUGCGUCCAGCCAGCACUGUACUGAAGGAGCCUAGCAAAUAUCAAAUUAGAAUAAAUGCGUGAUAUAUGUGAUAUAUUUUUGUAUAUAUAUAAAACAAAAAAAUGCUGAAUUUUUUUCAUUUGGCAUCUCUUUUCUUUUUGCAAUAGCUAUAGUUUGAGAUGUAAACAUUAAAUGUCUUAAGGCAGCUUCCCAGUACAGAUGAUAGGUUUACUGUGUGUUGUCAAUAUCUCAUCUGCUAAAGACAAGAAACAUGGAUUUGGUUACAAAAAAAGGGGAUUCCUGUAAAAUAUCAUAUAAAUAAUGUAUUUAUCCCUUGCAUUUGUACAUUGACUCUCACCCUCGUUUAGUUGUGUUGUGUAUGUUUAAUACAGUAAGUGAACAUAUUUCACAGUGUUUUGUUUCAUUAUGUAAUGUUGUCUUUCACUAUUUAAAUGUGACUUUUUACAUUUUUUUUCUGUUUGUUUCUGAUUGUUUUUAAAUUGUUACAUCAAGCUUUCAUUUGUUGAUUCAAAAACAUGCCACUGUCUAUUUUUGUAUUAUUUGUAAGUUAAAUAAAAAUCUUUUUUUUUGUUUUUUUCCUUAUAAAAAUGUUUAUUGUAUGGCAAAAAAGUAGCAUCUUAUUCAGAGUAUUCGGUUGAGGUAGAUUUUUUUAAGAGUAUAAACACACUUUAAUAUAUAUUGUAAAUCUCUAUCUUUUUGUUUGAACCUUUGAAGCUUUCAGAUUGAUGCUGUUCUUGAACUGAUAAUAUGCAUGGGUUCUUCUCUUGAGUGACUCUUUCAUUGUGUGUGGAAACCAAGAAAACACUCUGUUUUUCUUUCUUUGUGGUCCUCUUAUUUUGCCCUCUGUCCUUUUUUUCCUCCAGUUUUUUUAUGCCUGCUUUACAUACUGUAUCUAUAUACCCUUUUUUUAUGUCACUGUAAUCUUUACCAGCAGUCUAGAUGCCUUAACAAUGCAAACCCAUUCUUCAUUCAAUCACUUGUACAGUUUUCUACCCUCACCACAACUGUCUGUUGCCGCAGAGGAAUUCAUGAGAACUUGGAGACAAAGCACAAACCCACUCUGUUUGGUGCUGAAGCCAGACUAGAAUACAAAGAGCCAUAAUUCAACAAUCACACACAUCCCGAUGUACUAUAACGCUACAGCGAUGGCACGCUUUUGAAAGGCAAGCAAACGGAGCAGCCUGCGGUGCUCACUGCACAUUAGUGUUUACACAACUGUUUUUUUUACAACAAUUAUAUAGUUGGGUUUUUUUGCUGUUUGUUUGUUUGUUUGUUGUUUUGUUAUUAUUGAAAUCAUUUCAACUGCAUUCUGGUAAUAUUUUUCAGUCACCGUGGGAUUACAACAGUAUGACAACACAAAGCUGCUUAAGCGGUAGUGGAAAGGGGCUCGCAGCGACGAUAGGCACUGUCACAGCACAAUGUUAGUCUCACUCAUGGAGUCCAUCCCGACUCCAGGAUCUGACAACCGAUUCCCCCGCUCCUCCACUCCCUGUAGACAAUGCAGCUUCAUUACAAGCUAAAGAGCAACCUGUGAGGUAGCAUGAAAAGGAGUUCCCUCGCCCGUCAGCGAUUUCUAUGGUCUUUUCUUUGUGUCUGCCGUGUGUCUUCAAGCUGUUGCUGGACAGAGAAUAGGGCUUUUCUCUCUCUCUGCUUUUCUUUUCGAGAGCCUGGUUUUGUUAAGUGGGUAGAAGGGAUCGUUUUAACAGAGACGCCUGCUGACAGACAAGUGUUUUUCGGGCACUUGUGUGCCUGUGCCGGUCUGGGCCGGGACAGGAGGGGCCUCAACAUAUCUGUUUCAAAUGAACUACAGAGGUCUGUUGUCAUACAAUGGCAUCUUUGUAAGCAGAAGUUACAUCCUGAAUAUGAAUAUCAGUAAAGAGUGACAAAGUUUUGUACUUGGGUAACAAAAGACAACAACAACAAAAAAGAUGCAAACCAAAUAGCCAGUGUCUAUUUUUUUUCCUCUGUCUGUCUUUGACUGCAAAUACACUGAACAGCUCUAUGAUAUAAGGAAAUUCAAAAAAAAAAAAAAAAGUCUACUGUACAGAUUGUUAAUGUUUUUGAUGAAAAUUGAGCUGUAAGAUAACUUUUGGACUCUCACAAUGUUAAUUAAAGUUACCUCUUGUCUGUGA